AUGUCAAAUUCCCAAGCUUCAUCAUCUCAAACAGAUAUAAAUCUAAGUAACAUAUUGUCGAAAUUAACAGAUAUCCAUUCAGACACACAAACAAUUCCAAUAGGUGGUGUACAUGGUGGUAAAAUCGGUAAAAUAUAUGCAGAACUCUUAGGAAUGUAUUUCGAAAACACGGUCGUUGAUGUACUACUUUGGUACAUGGGAAUGAGUCGUGAGAGUUAUCUGGAAAUGUGGAAAUUGUGUCAAGAGGAAUUUAAAAAUUAUGCAAGUUUUACGAAUUUGGUUAAGUUUUGGGGAAGGAAGACUUCUGAAUGA